AUGCCUUAUCAGGAUCGGGAGCAGAUUGAGGGUCUGCGCGCCAUUCGAGCCUUUCUCAAGGUCCGCACCAGCUACGAUGUGCUGCCGCUCAGCUACCGCUUGAUUGUCUUCGAUACGAGCCUGUUGGUCAAGAAGAGUCUGAACAUUCUCACGCAGUGCGCCAUCGUCUCUGCGCCGUUAUGGGACUCGAAGACAUCUGCAUUCGCGGGCUUACUCACUGUAUCCGAUUACAUUAAUGUCGUUCAGUACUACUGGCAGAACCAGGAAGAGCUGGGUCGAAUUGAUAAGUUUAAGCUGAGCAGCCUCCGCGACAUCGAGCGAGCCAUUGGAGUCACUCCUAUCGAGACAGUCUCAAUCCACCCGUUACAGCCACUCUACGAAGCUUGCCGCCGAAUGCUUGGGUCUCGUGCCCGACGUAUACCGUUGAUCGACAAGGACGACGAGACAGGUCAGGAAAUGGUGGUGAGCGUCAUCACACAGUACCGCAUCCUGAAAUUCAUUUCAGUCAAUGUGAAAGAGACGCAGAUGUUGAGGAAACCGCUGCGGGAGCUGAACGUGGGCAGCUAUACGGACUUGGCCACGGCUACAAUGGACACGCCCGUGAUGGACUGCAUACAAAUGCUUGUGAAGAAGAGCAUAUCGAGUGUACCGAUCCUCGACAAAGACGGGACAGUUCUCAACGUGUUUGAGUCGGUGGAUGUGAUCACAUUAAUCAAGGGAGGAGAUUACGAAAAUUUGAAUUUGACUGUGGGACAAGCACUGGACAAGAGAUCAGACGACUUUCCUGGCAUUUACACUUGCACGCUCAGCGAUCGCAUGGAUACGAUAUACGAUACGAUCCGCAAGUCUCGCGUCCAUCGACUCGUGGUUAUCGACGAAGAGAACCAAUUGAAGGGACUUUUAUCGCUGAGUGACAUACUAGACUACACACUCAAUAGCCCGCUCGGAGACAGUGACGAUUAG